AUUCCACUGUAGGAACAUAGGUGGCGCUGCUUCACAGUGAUGUGCCGUUGCCGUCUCCAGGACAGCUUCUGCGGCUGUUGUACUGUCCGCCAUGGCUCAAUAUUUGUUGGCAUCGUCCAUCUGAUGUUCUCGAUGUUGGGUGGCCUGGCAGUGUUCUCCUUGUAUGGUGUUUUAUUCAAAACAAACCCUAUCAGACCUGCUGAGAUCACUGGUGUCAUUUUCUACGCUUUGUCCAUCCUGGUGGCCAUAGUCCUCAUCAUUGGUGUGCUGAAGAAAAACCGUACCCUGAGUUGGGUGUGGCUCGUUUGGGCGGUUUUCCAUCUGAUCCUGGCCGCAGCCUUGGCGAUCGCCCUGCUGGUGCACGUGUCAGGAGCGGCAGUCAUCCCCGGAAUAACUCUGCAGACUGAGGGGACGAUGUUGUCUGAAUCACACGGAACUGUCAUCUUGGUGGCCGCCGUGCUGACCUUGGUCUUCUUUUUUGUGCUGAGUCCUUUCUUGAUGUAUGGCAUCGUGGUUGUGUGCUCCUACCACCGGAAGCUGGAAGAUUAUGCGUAGACCGCCCCCACAACACUCUCCUGCGUAUAUGCUAAUAUAUUUCCUGUUCAACUCUGUAAAAAUAAAACAGAGACAGUCUUUAAAAUCUACUGUAUAGAUACUAAUAUGACAAUAAGAAGGUACAUUGAAAUGGAAUUACAAAGACGAAAUAUUUAUAUCAUCUAACCCCCACCCCCUUCACACAUAUCAAAAGACAUCGAAGGACAUGUAUAGUAACAGCUAGCAAUGUUUACAUAUACCACGUUAUGCCAAAUUAUACCUUUUGACUGGUUUGUCAAAUCUUAGUAAUUGUGAUUCGCGCUUAACGUUUUUUUUUUUUGUUCAGUCCGAUUUAUUAUUAUUUAUUCAUUCAUUAUUAUGCCUACUCAAUAUCCUUGCCUAUGUUACGUGUUAU